AUGUUGCAAAUUUCUGCUCGUUUUUAUUGCAAAAUUGCAAAACAACAAAUUAGUGAAUUGCCCAAAAUUAGUAAACCCUCUAAACUGCUAGACUUUAAGCAGCUGCACCAUCCAACUAAGGUACCACAGACACCAGUGCCAACGGCUUUUCCAGACGCCACCAACAACAGCGAAAUUGAGAUCGACGCGAAAACAAUUCAAUUGUUGGAGCGCCUGUCUCUGGUUGAUUUGGACAGCGAACAGGCGCUGGCCACGCUCAAGAGCAGCAUACAAUUUGCGGACAAGAUCGAGCACAUUGACACGCACAACGUGCGUCCGCUCUACACGGUUCUGGAGCAUCAACAGUUGCAGUUACGCAACGAUCGCGUGGCGGAAGGAGAUUGCCGCGAGCAGCUUUUGCGGAUUGCAAAGGUCACCGACGAAGAUUACUACGUGUCACCACCGGGCAAUAUACCGCUGGAGCAGCUGGACAAGUAA